AUGUGGAGGAAUAGAUCAUUAAGCACAAGUUCGUCUCGUGGGAGAGUUGAAACAGUAUUCUCCUCAUUCUACAAUGUGACCCUCCACAAAGAGGAUGAAUGCUAUAUUGGGUCGCUCAGUAUUAUAUCAAACGACGGAAUUGCGAAACUCAAAUUUGUCCCAGACAACACUACCAACACAAAAAACGCGUUCUAUUUUUUGUUCACAAGCAUUUUUGUCAACAACUUGUCGCACGAACAAAAUAAUGAUGCUAAAUUUGACUUUUGGUAUUCUGAACGCAACAACCCUGUCAAUCUCACUUUUAAUUCAAUUCCCAUGCGAAACCACUUUGUCGAAGGGUUGAAAAUUAAUGGACUUCAUAAGUCGGAGGCAACAGUACCCUACACAAAAACAAAGUCAGUCGACUCCAUUCAACCAAUUCAAGUCGAAAACUUACCAAAGACAGACCGUGACAACAAAAAUGAAAAAGCCGAGAAAAGUGAUCGUUCAGAAAAAACGUUCUUCCCAAAAUUAUUCACCUUGGAAAGACGAAAAACCGUUUUCCUGGGUACACAGCCUGUGUCGCCGAGUACAUCACCAAAGCCAUCACUUUCACCUCUAAAUUCACCAAAAAAUAUCACAAAAGUGGAAGGAGCAGACUGGUCUAUUCUUUCUGACAUUGAUUCGUUUCAGGCUGACGAGUCUCUGAUAACACCAACAACACCUAUCAUGUCGGUAAGAAAGAAUUUGCUAAUGUGUGGAGCAACAGAGUCGGUGAGGUUGUUAGCUUGGGAGCGCUGUUUUGUGAACAACUACAAAGAACUUUACAUACCAUCACUACUCAUCGCGUCCCAUUUUGAUUCAAUGCGGUCAGAGGACUGGAAAAGGUGCUGCGAACAAAUCGAAAAGGAUCUUCCGCGAACAGAAAUUGGUGGCGUUUAUCUCAAAAAAGGGGAGCCACUUUUUGCAGCCAUUUUUCGAGUUUUAAGAGCAUACUGCGCAUCUCAUGUUGAUAUGGGUUAUUCACAGGGGAUGAGUGACAUCCUCAUAGUCAUUGCACAAGUUACAACCGAUGAACCAAGAAUGUUCUCUUUGUUCGUCAACAUCAUGUUUUUAGUCGCGCCGAUGUGGGAAAAAGAUGGUAAAAAUAGUGUUGAUUCGUUUUCUGAAAUUCUCCACUUCUUCGAUCCGAAACUGCACGAGUUGAUUUCGAAAUCGACGACGAUUAAAUUCAGGUUUGUCGUGCCGUGGAUGGUGGUUCUGUUCAAGAGAGACUUUAACAGAGAAGAGAUACUCAGAGUGUGGGAUGCGAUUGUUGCAUACCCGACACACAAUUUUCAUUUCUUUAUUGCCGCCGCAAUUGUGAUGGUGCAACACGAGAACAUAUUGAAAUACAUCGACGACAUCGAGUUGACAAUGUUCAUCAGUUCCAUGUCUGAAAAAAUACCGGUGUCCAUCAUAUACCGUGCGGACGAUUACUACAAAAUGUUUAUAGAUGGCGGGACAAAUCACGCACUAAAGCAGGUUUUCCGCACUGACGAGAUAGUGAAACGGAAUCAGAAGAAUGAAAACCCGAUAUUUGACAGUUCUUUUGAAGGGAUAAAGUCGCCUUUAGAAGGACUUGACGAUGAUAAGUUGAAGAGCCUUUUUCUUAAAAUAGGGAACCCGCCUAACAUUCAGCAACUGCCUAGCAGUCCCUCAGAGAAGGACAUUGAGCGGUGUAUGAUGGAAACUUUAGAAUUUCAAACAUGGUGUUUUAAAGCACAUUACUUCCUCACGUAUUAG